AUGGCCACUAACUCCCCGACUCCCGAACCCCCAGCGCCAACCUACACGACCCAUACCUGCGUAGUCCACAUCCCCCCGGUCGUCGCCGAACCCUUGGAACCCACCACGCGGUCCUGGCAGUACUGGGGCGACGAGGCCAUCCGCGACGCGAUCACCGCCGCGCAGGGACGCGCGGGGUCCGUCGACGCCCGCACGACGGCGCAGAUAUGGGUGCAGAUCCUCACCCGGUUCCUCUCGCUCACCUUCCACAGCAACGCGGUUCCCCCAUGGCUGGCGCAGCAGCAGCAGCGACAGCAACACCGACUCCGACGCUACCAGCUCGUCAGCAAGCAGUUCACCGACCGCGCCACCCAGGAGCCCCUGGGGUACGAGACGGUCGAGCUCAGCUGGCUGCCCGACACCGCGCAGACAGGAGGCGGUCCCGAAGAAGAAGUGAUGAUGAUGCAGAUCACCUGUUACGGGCGGCCGCUGGACCGGCCGGAGCUGCACAUGAAGCAUCAGCUGGAGACCCGGCUCAUGAACAUGCAGCCCCCGGGGAGCCAUAGCGUGCGGCAGGGCAAGGCGCUGCUGGCGAUGGCGAACGGGGCGGAGGUCUGGUUCCAGACGCACGGGUGGCGUGGGAACGCCGCCCCUGAGGAUCCGGAGCAGUACGUGCCAGAGGGCGCGCAGGUUCUGUCCCUGGAGGCGGAUCGCCUGCGGGUCGAGAGGUCGCUGCGUCAGCUGCGCUAUCGGCUGCUGCGGCGCGCGGAGGAGUCUUCUUCCUACUUGGACAGUGACUCGAGCAGCGACGGUCAGGAAGCACCGCGUGCGCCCCUGCAUAGGAGAAGGAACGCGAUGACUGCGGCGCGGGAUAUGACCGUUGUGUGGCCUCGAAAUCUGUUCCCGGACACGGAAAUAGCGAGGGAGGGAAAUGGGUCGGGGUCUGGAGAGGUGUCGGAAGAGGAAUGAGUAGCAAGCAUUCCUAGGUACUUAGUGCCUGGCGAGCAAGUUAUUCAUCGUGCUGAAUGCUUUGUGAACUGCUCAAGCCGCCAUUCCAGAUUGAUUCGUGCGCGACCUUGGAGUAGUCACUAGGCUGUUUACUUGCUUGGAUACAGGCUUGGUAGAUGUCCCGGUGGGUCUGUGUUAGAUGACAAAUAUAGUAAAAAAGAAAC